CAGAAGGAAGCAAGAUGGCUGCCCUGUAGGAUUUGUUAGAAAGGAGACCCGGCUGCGACGGUGGCGGACUGCGAGGCUAAGGGACCAGAACCAGGCUGGUAAACAUUCAGCAGCUCACCCUCCCAAGACUCUCCAUGUCCCUUGUUCCUGUUCCGCUGCGGUGCUUGGAAGCAGGAGAUGGGCUCACACACAGUCAACCGGACGUGAUCCUGGAGGAGCAGUGAGGGGCAGUGCUGCUGGAUUAAUUCAAAGGGCAGCCUUGUGGAUGGCCCCGAAGCAAGCCUGAUGGAACAGGACAGAACCACCCAUCCUGAGGGCAACAGACUGAGUCCAUUCCUGAUACCAUCACCUUCUCCCGGAUGCCAGACAGAACCUCAACUCCAGAUUGGAAGCCCGUUAGCAGAGAGACAUCAUCCAGAAGAAGUAAAUGCAGACAUCAAGUGGCAGUCUUCCGAAAGCUAUUAUGGAGUACCCCCCAUAAAAGGCAGCCAGAGCAGUCGUGAGAGUCCAGACUCCAUACAUGAAGGCAGAGGGUAUUCCAGGUGCUUGCAAAAUAGAGGCAUAAAACGCACUGUCAGUGAACCAUCUCUCUCUGGGCUCCAUCUGGACAAGAAAUUGAAGCUAGACCACAAAGCUAAGGGAGAAGGCAGUAACUUCGGGGAAAGCGAAGAGAGAAACCCAGGUGAAAGCAGCCAUCAGCCCAGUGUCUCCAGUGUGAGCGAGAACAGAGAAGCUGUGCCCUCUGUAGCCCAGGGAAGUGCAGGUACAGCCAUCAAUAGUGCCCCGACUUGUAACUGCAAUGGAGUUGAAAACACAGAGUUGUGGAUUCUCAAGAAUCAGGAAGGGGAAAACGGCAGGAACGUUUUACUUAAAAACAAGGCUGUGCUAAUGCCUAAUGGUGCUACAGUUUCUGCCCCUUCUGUGGAAAACACACACGGUGAACUCCUGGAAAAAACAGCAUCUCAGUGUUGUCCAGAUUGUGUUUCCAUUACAGUGCAGAAUACCACAUCUCAUGUAAAUGCCCUGAACAGUCGGGCUACUAAUGAGUUGUCUAGUGAGAUCACUCAACCAUCGCAUACCUCAGAGCAGAUCAAUUCCCCACAGACCUCAAGCUCCCAGCUGCCUCUGGAGCCAGCUGCCAUGGUGGCUGAGGCCUGUGAUGCUGAUACUACCAGCAAACCAGCUGGAGUGCUAGGUACCUGUCCCUUCCAGAAACCAGAACACCAACAAAAAUCAGUUUUGGAGAUAGGUCCAUCUCCUGCGGAAAGCAAAAACAUCCAAGGAAACAUGAAGCUAUUUGCUGAAGAAUUCUGUUCCAGUUCCAACAGUGGUUUGCAAGCUUCUCAUGGCAGCUCUGAACAGUAUUUAAAGCGAAAGGAAAUCAAUGGUGCUUACUUCAGGCAAAGCUCAGUGUUCACUAAAGAUUCCACUUCUGCCACUACCAUGACUCCACCAUUACGAUUGCUUCUUUCUCCCCCUCCCGUCAUUCUUCAGCUUCCUUCGGAACGAAAAGGCACUCUGAAUGAUGCGGCUUUGGAAGAAGAACACCACCAUCCCUUAAGUAAUGCACUGCUCUUAAGGGAAGGGAAAAUAGAACAUCAGCCUAAGGCGUCAUCAUCUUGCCAGAGUCCGAAUCAGUCUGUUCAUACAUCCAACCCCUCAUUGAUGCUUCCAGAAGGGCAUCAGAAUAAUGGUGUCUCAGUGCGCUCUGAACAGACAAGAACAAUGUCAGAACAUCUCAAGUAUUACCCACCAAAUCAUGGCCACAGUGGAGACUUACAGGAGCACAACCUGUAUCCGAUGGGACACAGGGAACGAGAGAUUCCGAAGGAUGAAAACAGGGAACAAACCCAAGAUUCAGUGCUGGCAGCCCAGCGCUAUCUGAAGCCCGGAUGGAUUGAACUGAAGACCUCUCGUUUUCUUGAAGUGCACCGUCAACCACAAAAAUAUAAGGAUGCAAUGUUUCGAUCAGUCCUUCGUUAUCAGGCCAGCACUUCCAAUCAGAUGCCCUCUAAACAGUGCACUAGAAAUUUGAACAUGCCAGGAUUUGCAAGUCUACCUUACAUCCAGGAAACUGCUCAGCCAGAGCCGAAGUCACAAAUGUACCAAGUGGAGAUGAAUCAAGGACACUCUCCUGGUAUGGGGGACCAACAUCUACAGUUCCAGCCAACUUCAUACCAGGAGUGCAUCUCCAGGGCAGAUCCCUCUCCUGGCGCUCACGUGCAGGCCCCAAGUGCUCCUCUCUUUCAUUUCCAGCAAAGAGCGAAUCCCUCCACUGAUGAGCACUUGAAUCAACAGGCCACAGAGACUGAACCAUUUUCAAACUUUUCACAACAUAAGCCUCAUAAGCAGGCAGCACAAACACAAGCAUCCCAGAACUCAAAUCUCCCUCAAAGCUGCCAGCAGCAGCAAUUACAGAGGAAGACUGAAGAACAGAUGCCUCAGACUUUCUCUCAUCUCCAAGGUAGCAGUGAUAAGCAAAGAGAAAAAUCAUGCACCAGCCAGAUUAAAGUGGAAGAAUGCUAUAGUGGUAAAAACCAGUAUUCAAAAUCAAGUAAUUUUCAAACUCAUAACAAUACCCAAGGGGGGUUGGAGCAAGUACAGAAUAUGAGUAGUAAAAGUUCUCCUUAUGUGAAGAUCUUAAAAUCAAAUAUAAGCAAGCUACAGACUCCCUGUUCAAAUGAUACACACCCGGUUCCUGAACAUCCUGGACUCUUUGCAGGAAAUAAGACCCCAAACCUACAAAACAUGCAAUACUUUCCAAAUGAUGUGACCCAAAAUCAGGACAUUCAUCACAGGUGCUUUCCAGAACAAGAACAGAAGCCUCCACAAACCCUGGCUCUGCAGGGAUUUCAAGGCAGAAGCCAAGAGAAAGAGAGAGCAAAGCUAGCUGAACUUGCUCAGCAGAGGUACUUGGUGCAUAAUCAAGCAAAGGCACUCCUUGUGCCCAAGCAAGGAGGAAGUCAGAUGCAGAUCCCUCCUCAGAGGGACAUUCAGAAGCAUGCUGCUCUAAGAUUGCUCCUCUUACAGAAGCAAGAACAGCAACAAACACAGCAAUCCCAGGCUGACUCUUGUCCUAAUCAGAUGCAGAGGCCAAUCAAGACUGAGCCUGGAUCCAAACCCUCUUCCUGUAAACGCCCCGUGUUGGCACCCGAAGAAAAAAUACCCAGAAGGAUAAAGCUAGAGACUUCCCCACCACGCUGUGAUCAUGGGGUGCCCAAGAGCAUCCUUGAGACCAUGGAGCAGCAUCUGAAGCAGUUUCAGCUCCACUCAUUGUUUGACAAUGCGACCCUGACUCUGACUCUCAAACCACAAAAACAAAUCAAAGGAGAGACACCGGCCACCAUCACUGUUCGUCCGAUGAAAACCGAAGCUGCAGAAUCUGAGAGCCAUACCCAAGCUGCAGAUGAUACGCCAACCAAAAGAACCGGUGGUAACGCUCUCAACAAUCUUUCAGAAGUACCUAUCAAGACUCAAUAUGAUUUCCCAUCAUGCAGAUGUGUAGAACAAAUUAUUGAAAAAGAUGAAGGUCCUUUUUAUACCCAUGUAGCAGCUGGUCCUAAUGUGGCAGCUAUUAGAACAAUCAUGGAAGAAAGGUUUGGAGAGAAGGGUAAAGCUAUUAGGAUUGAAAAAGUCAUCUAUACUGGUAAAGAAGGCAAAAGUUCUCAGGGAUGUCCUAUUGCUAAAUGGGUGCUCCGAAGAAUGACCACGGAGGAGAAGGUGAUGUGCUUGGUUCGAGAGCGAGCUGGCCACACCUGUGAGGCUGCUGUGAUUGUGAUUUUCAUCGCGAUAUGGGAUGGAAUCCCAAGGACUCUGGCUGACCAACUCUACACAGAUUGUUCAGAGAUCCUGAGUAAACACGGUGCACCCACUAGUCGGCGCUGUGCCCUGAAUGAAGAGAGAAACUGUGCUUGUCAGGGCUUGGAUCCAGAAACCUGUGGUGCCUCCUUUUCUUUUGGUUGUUCUUGGAGCAUGUACUAUAAUGGAUGUAAGUAUGCCAGAAGCAAGAACCCAAGGAAAUUUAAGCUACUUGGAGAUAAUCCUAAAGAGGAAGAGAAACUAGAAUCACAUUGUCAAAACCUGGCUACUUUACUUGCUCCAAUAUACAAAAGAAUGGCACCUGAUGCAUACAAUAAUCAGAUUGAAUUUGAACACAGAGCUCCAGAGUGCCGUUUGGGUCUGAAGGAAGGCCGACCAUUCUCAGGGGUCACUGCAUGUGUGGACUUCUCUGCUCAUUCCCACAGAGACCUGCACAACAUGGCAAAUGGCUGCACAGUGGUGUGCACCCUCACUAGAGAAGACAAUCGGGAAAUUGGGGUGCGGCCUGAGGAUGAGCAGCUCCAUGUCUUGCCCAUGUACAUACUUGCUCCUGUGGAUGAGUUUGGGAGUGCUGAAGGUCAGCAGGAGAAGAUAGAAAAUGGGUCCAUUGAGGUUUUGACCUGUUUUCGGAAGAAGAAGAUAAAGUUAGCCGUGCGGGCCAAGAGUGACCGACAAAGAAAACUGGAGGCCAAGAAAGCUGCAGCUGAAAAACUUGCCUCCCUGGAGAACUGCUCGAAAGGGAAUGAAAAGGACAAGUCUUCCUCACGUACAAAGCAGAUGGAAACUGCAAGUCAUAUGAAGCAGCUGCCAGAACAAUUGCGGCUUUCAGGAUCAGUCAUACAGCAGCCCCAGCCACUCCAGAGGUACCUUCAGCAAGUGCCACAGUCACACCAGCCACAGCCACAGCCACUACAGACACAGCCACCUCAGCCACAGCCACAGCCACAGCCACAGCCACAGCCACAGCAUAUCUUGCCCAGUAACACUCAGUCUGAGUCCAUUGGCUCUUACUCCACCAACCCAUACACGAGACGGCCCAAUCCACUUAGUCCUUAUCCAAGCUCUUCACACACUUCAGAUAUUUAUGGAGAUGCCAACCAUGUGAACUUUUAUCCCACGUCAUCUCAAGCUGCAAGUUCAUAUUUGAGUCCUUCAGACCCCAUGAACCCCUACCCUGGGCAUUUCAAUCAGAAUAACCAAUAUGCAGCAUAUCAGUGCAAUGGGACUGUGUCCGUGGACAACUGCUCUCCUUUCUUAGGUUCUUACUCCCAGUCUCAGCCUGGGGAUCUGUGUAGAUAUCCAAGCCAGGACCAUCUCACCAAGCUGAACCUCCCACCCAUCCACACAUUUUACCAACAGAGGUACUUAAGUUAUGGAAACCAAAACAUACAGGGAGAUGCCUUUACCAACUGUCCCAUAAAUCCAAAUGUACACUACCUGGCAACUCUUUCUGCUUAUCCCACCCCUGAGAUGGAUGGCCAUUUCAUGGGCGCUGCCUCCAGAUUACCACACAGUAUGAGCAAUCCAAACACAGACCUCAGAAACAGUGAGCAUCAUCCACCUUCUCACACGACCCACAACUACACCACAGCAGCUGCGGGCAGGACCGACGGCUCCAACGACGCCUUCCACAAGGAGGAUGCCGUGCUCUCGCACACAGUUAAUGGGCUGUCAAGGGUGCUUCCAGGGUUUAAUCAUGGUAGUACUGCUUCUGCCCAAGGUCUACUACCCAAUCCAACUGAGAGCAGUCAGGAGAAGCAGCCUGGGACAGCAAGCCAGGACAUGGCUUCUUCUGUGGAGGAGGAUUCUUCUGUGGAGGUUUGGUCAGACAGUGAGCACUGCUUUCUGGAUCCUGACAUUGGAGGUGUGGCUGUGGCUCUAACUCAUGGAUCAAUUCUCAUUGAGUGUGCAAAGCGAGAGAAUCAUGCCACAACCAAAGUAAAUAAUCCUAAUCGGGCUAAACCCACAAGGAUCUCACUUGUAUUUUAUCAGCAUAAGAGGCUGAAUAACCCAAAACAUGGUUUGGCUUGCUGGGAAGCCAAAGUGGCAGAAAAGAACCGAGGGAAAGAGGAAGAGUGUGGACCAGACCAUGUGUCUCAGAAAAGCCAUGGCAAAAGGGUAAAACGUGAGCCCACAGAGUUGCAGGAACCUUCUGAGCCCAGUUACCUGCGCUUCAUCCAGUCUCUUGCUGAGAACACAGGGUCCCUGACCACAAACUCCACAGUGACUACAUCUCCAUAUGCCUGCACUCGGGUCACGGGGCCUUACAACACAUUUAAAUGAUGCUGUCCCUCAUGCCAGACCAAGAACAACCUCUCUCUCAUGGCAUGGGCAGUAGGGGCAGGUUACAACAUCCAUGACAAA